GUGAUAUACUUUUUUUAUAAGUACAGAGAUUGCAUCGAGGCAAGAUGUCGUCCGCAAGUGGUGAUGAAACUGAGAUCACUUUAAACGAACCCGUACGUCGUACGAGAUCUAGUCGUACACGUAAAACUACCGUGGUAGCGAAGAAGUCUCCUGUAAAGAAACUUUUAGCAAGGGCGACACGUUCUCCGAAAAAAGUGCAAGAAAUCGAAGAGGUCGAGGAGGAAGAACCUGUAUUGCAAGAGGAAGUGGUUAUGGAAAGCAUUCCAGAAAAUGGAGUGCAAAGGUUUGGUGACAUUAUUAUUGAACAACAUAAUGAAGAUGAUUCGUCUAUGUUACAAUUAGAAUUAGAAGAUUCUGGUGAUACAGCUGUUCAUGAAAUCAAUAUGAAUCAGAGUGUACAAAUAGGAGUUCAAGAAAGUGUACCUGAUCUAGAAACUGCAUCUCAAAUUGAUCAUUCUAAUACAAUAUCAGAUUCAAUGAUCAUAGAAGAAAGCAGUAUGGAUAAAGUUGAUAUUUUAAGUGAACGUGAACAAAUGGAUAUGGAAGGACAAGAUACUAGUAAUGAUGACACAAAUCAACGUGUAUUGAUAGAUUUUCAGGAAGUUAUGAAUGAAGAUGGGGAAACCAUAACACAAGUAACAGAAAUUUUAGAAACAGAGGAAAUUGAAUCUGAAAAUGUUAUAAAUGAAGGUACUAGCAUUGAAGUCAUGGAGGUAGAUUGUCAACAAGAAACAUCAGAAAGUAUAGAAAAUGUUACAGAAAAAAUUGUACCUCAUACAGACACAAUGGGAAUGACGGAAAUCAUAGAAACCACUGAGGGUGACAUGGAAUGCUUACCUGAGAAUGCUAUGGAAAAAAUAGAACCUGAUACGGAAGCUGUAUCUGAAGAUGAACUUCCUACAGAAGCUGCAGCAAAAGAACCAGAAACAGAAGCUGUAUCUGAUGAAGAAUUACCAGCAGCAGCUCCUGCAGAUUUAGGAGAAACUGAAUCAGUUUCUGAAGAUGAGCUACCAUUAGACAGUGAAAAGAAGAAAAAAAGUGGUAUAAAGACACUGAGUAAAACUCCAGAAAAGAAAACUAAAACAGAAGGCGCAAAUAAACGCAAGUUAAAUGCUGAGGGAGAAUAUGAUCCUAGUUCACCGACGUCUGAAAAUAAUGAUGAGACGCCGGCAAAAAAAGCUACACUUUCAACCGAAACAGACCCAGGAGACAGUAAGCAAGAAAUUAAACCAGCAUCGCCAAAGAAAAAAACAUUACCGGAAUUAGAAAAAUAUUGGAAAGCUGUUAAUGAAGAUCCAUCAGAUUUCACGGGAUGGACAUACCUUCUUCAGUACGUUGAUCAAGAGAAUGACGCAGAGGCUGCACGCGAAGCUUAUACCAAAUUUUUGGAGCGUUAUCCAUAUUGCUACGGUUACUGGAGAAAGUUUGCUGAUUACGAGAAGAAGAAGGGCAACCCCGAAAAUGUCCAAAGGGUAUUCGACCAAGGUUUGAAAGCUAUUUCGCUCAGUGUCGACCUUUGGCUUCAUUACAUCAACCACUGCAAAACCGUCUAUGAAAAGGAUGAAGAAAAGCUUCGGGAACAAUAUGAAAGGGCUAUUCAGGCAUGUGGUCUUGAAUUCAGAUCUGAUCGUCUUUGGGAAAGCUACAUAAAAUGGGAGUUGGAAGGCAAACGUCUGAGCAGAGUAACAGCAUUGUAUGAUCGUUUAUUGUGUACACCUACACUCGGUUAUAUUUCCCAUUUUGAUGCAUUUCAAGAGUUCGUUUCGUCAAACUUACCCAAUCGUAUUUUAAAUGUUGACGAUUUUCUUGCAUUACGUGCUGAAGUAAAAGCACUUUUGAAAUCAGAUGACAAUACUUCCACUUCAGCAGCGGAUGAUGCACCACCUGGAGAAGAACCACCACCACACGAACUUCCGCCAACUGAUGAAGAGACCCGUGCUAUUAGGGAAAAAAUUAUUAGCAGUAGACGUAAAAUGCACAAAGCUAAUAUUAACGCAGUUGCGGCAAGAUGGUCAUACGAGGAGGGUAUUAAAAGGCCAUAUUUCCAUGUCAAACCUUUAGAACGAUGUCAAUUGAAAAAUUGGAAAGAAUAUUUAGAUUUCGAAAUUGAACAGAAAGAUCAGAAUCGGAUAAUUAUCUUAUUUGAAAGAUGUUUAAUAGCCUGCGCGUUAUAUGAUGAAUUUUGGAUGAGAUUUGUUCGUUAUUUGGAAUCCUUGAAGGGCGAUAAUGUGGAAAAAAUAAGAGAUGUAUAUACUAGAGCUUGCAUGGUGCAUCAUCCAAAGAAACCAAAUUUACAUCUUCAAUGGGCAACUUUUGAAGAGGGUCAGGGUAAUUUCGAGAAGGCAGCAAGCAUAUUGGAAAAUAUUGAUAGUGUAAUACCAAACAUGUUACAAGUAGCAUAUCGAAGAAUAAACUUGGAACGUAGAAGAGGAGAUUUGGAUAAAGCUUGUACAUUGUACGAAAAUUACAUUAGCAAUAGUAAAAAUAGAACUAUCGCGAAUAAUAUCGUAGUAAAGUAUGCAAGAUUUUUGUGUAAAGUAAAAGAUGAUGUGGAUAAGGCAAUAAAAGUACUGCUGAAGGCCACAGAAAAGGAUAAAGAUAAUCCACGGCUAUAUUUACAAUUAAUUGAUUUGGGAAUGCAAAGAACUCCCGUCGAUACACAAGAAAUUGUAGGAUAUAUGGAUAUGUUUAUAGAACGAGAACAUGCUGAUCUCGAACAAAGAGUACUUUUUGCACAACGUAAAGUGGAAUUUCUUGAAGAUUUUAGUCCAGAUAUUCGACAAGUAUUGAAAGCGCACGAACAAUUCCAAAAGUGCAUCAAACAAGCAAAGGAACGAAAGAAGACGAAAAGCGAUGAUACCAAAACAGACACUUCUCCUCCAAAGAAAGUUAAAACUGGUGAUCAAUCUAGUGUUCCACCUCCCCCUUCUGUAAGCUCACAGUCAUCUUACCAGUACAGCAGUGGCCCAAGUGGACCUUAUCAAUCACAGCAACAAUUUCAAAGUGGUCAGUACGGUGGUCAAGGUGGAUAUCAGCAAGGUUAUCAACAGUAUCCACCUCCUUCUGAUCCCAACUAUGCUAAUUAUCAGAGUUGGCAAUACGGACAAGGAGGACCACAGGCAUACGGACCAUACAAUCAAUGGGGAUCGUACAAUUAUUAUUAG